AAAUCACGAAUCCUGUAAUCUCUUAGCCUUUUUUAUCAAAAUGUUUUCCCGAACAUUGUUGGUUUUCUUCGCCUUUUCCAUUUUCAUCGUAUGCUCGAGUAGAACGUUGGCGCCAUCUCCGGACAAUUCGCCAACGCAGUUGUAUAUAGUCCAAGUUGAUCCUGAUGUGUAUCAUAAUGACUGUAACAACUACCAACAACUUCUCCGAAAGGUGGUUCACGGAAGGUCACCAAAACUAAUAUAUUGCUACCAAUACGUCCUGAGCGGAUUUGCAGCAGUAUUCACCGAAGAAGAGGCUGAAAAUUUGAGAGGUGAGAAAGGGAUUUAUCGUGUUUCCCCAGACGAAGAAGUCCACAUAGAUGUGGCUAGAAUCAAGCAACCUAGUCACUAAAAUCAAUCGAAGCAAAAGAUUCAAUUUCAUAUGAUACAUCCAAUGUAUUUUUCUUGUAAUUUCUUCAUAAAACUGCAUUACUUAUUGACUUUGAGUCAUAACGUGUAACAGAUUAAAGAUAAAA